GCAACUGACUACUGUCAAAUGUACGCGCGCACAUAGUAAAUUGGAAGUCAACCGCAAAACUGUGCUAUUUUUUAUCUUCUCCAAGAGAUGUCCCACGUCACGGUAGGUAACACAAUUUGACGGCACGGCUGAAUGGUUCGUGACGGCGUGGACCUGUUAAAAAGCGGUUUAUUAUUUAUUUCUUUGUUUAAGAAACAAAGAUUUAUUAAACAAAGGCGACAAUAAGUGACAGAUAAAUAUGACGAAUAAAUUCUGAUGAGGUAAUUUGUAGAUUGUAGUUGAACUGCUAUAUUUACAGACUAAGGUGAUCAUACAAUAAGCUGGUCAAAAUGGACUUUAUAUGGACGGAUGAAAAUGGCAAUGAGCGAUGGCAUUGGAACUGGACUGAACUAUGUGGAAACAAAGGCAGCAUUACACCAAUUAAUCCAAAUACAGACGAUCUUGGUAUAUGCUUUCAGCAGUUAUGCCUGCAGGUCCCAGUAUUGGUCUUGUUAGCUCUGAUAUCAUCUUUUUAUUGUGGGAAGCAUACAGCAAAUGUAUGUAGAGGAAAUCGUAGCUACUAUGCGAUCAAUGUCAGACUUUGCUUGACUGCGUGCUUAGUGUUGCUUCCAAUAAUUAAAGCAUAUAUAAUUCUCUCUGAUACAACGACUCUUCCGUUACAUGUUGAGAAUUCAAGUGACAACAGCCAUAGCAAUAUUCUAGAUAAGAACAACUUAAUUAGUAAAGUUACAACCGAAUCCAGUGCACGAAAUUUUGUAGUAGAAGCUGAAAAUGUAGUGAAGAAAAUUGAGAACGGUUUCAAUGAAACUGCUAUUUUUGUCGAGGGUAUUUUUGGAAACAAUGAUAGUAUCACACGAGCUCACAGAAGUAUUCCUGACUUUGAAAAACGGCCAAGUAUUCAUGUAAAUUCGAAAUAUGAGGACAAAGCAACUGCGGCUAAGCCUAUUGAUUAUUUAGUAGCUGGUACCGAAGGUAUAGCAUGGAUGGUCCACUUUUGUUUUCUUUUCGGUCUACUGCGAGGAAAUGGAUGUAAUCCACGGGGUCCAAUUUCCAUACGUGUUCUGCUUUUCUUGUUAAUUGGUGUUUCCAUAUUGCUACUACGUUCACAUGUCAAACAUAUCUCUGAGAACGACGUAUUACCAAAUCUCUCGCUUGGAUUCAGCAUAACGACUGUUACACUUUUAAUCCUGUAUGGAUUGACGCUCAUCCCAGGCAAUGAUAAUAAUAACCUGGCUGGGCGUGGAGCAGGAUAUGGACAGAUAGGAGAGCAUACAGCUUUGCUGAACACUCCGAAUUCCUCUUACAUACGUUUUCUUGAAGAGCAGGAUCCGAGUUACCUCGGAACUGCUAUGGAAGAUGUAACGUUACUUUCUAAGUUGUUCUUUCAUUGGGUAACACCGCUCAUGCAGAAAGGUGUAAAAGGUCUGCUGAAUCAUCCUGAUGAUUUAUAUGACCUUCCGGAACAUGUCAGCACUGCUGGCAUUGGCCAUGAUGUUGAUGGGUACUUGCAUAAGAAGACGGUAGUACAAAGGGAAGGCUAUGACAGUAUAGCUACAACUUCGAUAGCACGAACUCCAGAGACGGAAAUUAUUUCUGUAGAGACAAACUUCUCUUUACUAAGACUGUUACACAAGUGCUUUGGUGUCCAAUUUUACGCCGUUGGAAUCCUAAAGUUUGUCGCAGAUUGUUCUGGCUUCAUGGGUCCCAUGCUGUUAAAUAGACUAGUUGGGUUCAUUGAAGAUAAAACUGAACGAAUGGCACUUGGAUAUCUGUAUGCAUCGUUACUCUUUUUUACAACAUUGAUAGGUGCUUUUUGCAACUCACAUUUCUCCUUUUGGAUGUCAAUUGUUGGAUUAAAAAUUCGAGCUGCAAUAGUCACUUUGGUUUACAGAAAAACUUUGCAUUCGUCAAAUGCCAAAUUGACCCAAGAAUUUACUUUCGGUGAAAUUGUUAACUUCAUGAGUACAGAUGCUGACAGAAUAGUAAACAGUUGUCCAAGCUUCCAUUCAUUUUGGAGUAUUCCACUACAGCUGGUGGUGACAUUGUAUCUUCUAUACGUUCAAAUAGGAGUGUCGUUUGUUGCCGGUGCUAUUUUUGCUAUAAUUCUGAUUCCCAUCAAUAAAUAUAUUGCGAAUAAAAUUGGUGCUUUGAGUACAAAGUUGAUGGAUUGCAAAGAUCAAAGGGUCAGACUAAUGGGCGAAGUGUUGCGAGGUGUGACAACGAUAAAAUUCAAUGUCUGGGAGGAGUAUUUCCUAGGAAGAAUAUUGAAACAUAGAGAGAGUGAAGUGAAAUACUUAAGGGGCAGAAAAUAUUUGGAUGCCUUAUGCGUAUACUUUUGGGCUACAACACCUGUACUAAUAUCUAUACUCACAUUCACCACAUAUACUUUACUCGGAAAUGAGUUGGAUGCUAAGACAGUUUUUACAAGCAUGGCAUUAUUAAACAUGCUGAUUGGGCCGCUGAAUGCUUUUCCAUGGGUAUUGAAUGGCCUUACUGAGGCUUGGGUUUCAGUGAAAAGAAUUCAAAAGUUGUUAGACCUACCGGAUCUGGAUGAGUCUUCGUAUUAUACGGACCCACCUGUGGGAACGGAUGUUAUGUUGAGAAAUGCAUUCGUUAAGGUGAAUACUCAGCAGGUCUUCUUGCCUCCUGUUACUGACAUGUCCGACGUAGUAAGCCCAGCAUCUAGUUCAGAUAGCCGAAAGAUUGUCACGUUUCAGGAUGACAAGUCAUUCUCUUUGCGCGACAUUAAUAUCACAGUGCAAAAGGGCCAAUUAAUAGGGAUUAUGGGAAGAAUCGGAAGUGGAAAGUCUACGUUGUUGGAGGCUAUUCUAGCUGAAAUCACAAAAGAAGAAGGUAUUAUUGCUGUGAGUGACUUGGACCGAGGUUUUGGAUAUGUGAAACAAACUCCAUGGCUGCAACGAGGCACAAUUCGUGAUAAUAUUUUGUUUGGCAAGGCUUAUGACUACAACAAAUAUAAGACCAUUUUAAAGGCUUGUGCUUUAACCGAUGACCUGAACAACUUGCCAAAAGGCGAUUUAACUGGGGUUGGUGAAUCAGGUGAUACGUUGAGCGGAGGUCAAAAAACUCGAGUAACUUUAGCUAGAGCCGUAUACGCUGACAAAGAUAUUUAUCUUCUCGAUGAUAUACUAGCAACUCUAGAUCUAAAAGUAGGAAACUAUAUUUUCCAAAAUGUUAUACUUGGUCUACUUAAAGACAAAACAAGAAUUUUGUGUACACAUCACACCCGGUAUUUAAUACACGCCGAUCUAGUGGUAGAAAUGUCUGGGGGUAAAGUCAUAAAUCAAGGAAAGCCCAGUGAUAUAUUACCAGACUUGGAGGAUUACUUGUUGGCGUCAGAGUCAUUAGAGUCUGAUCUUGAUGUACCUUCUGUGAAAGAGUUGGUCGAAAAUAUUCACGACCCAGAUUCAACCGACCAGGAUUCUCUGCUGGAAGAAGAACAUUUCGAAAGAGGAACCGUACGGUUUAAAGUUUAUACAUCCUACUUAAAGUCAAUCGGCAGUUAUUUGACGAUAUCAAUUUUCCUGUCGAUGUUAUCAAUGCAACUCUCGAGAAAUAUUACAGACUUAUGGAUAUCCUACUGGGUUACUCACAUGAAUACUACCAUCAGCCCGCUUAAUAACUCUGAUCAAAUGGUUGGAAAAUAUUUUGCCUUCUUAGACAUUUCUGAAACAAGCGGUCUCAAUUAUUAUUUGACAAUUUAUGGAAUUUUUGCUGCUGUCAAUUCCGUUUGCACGCUCGUAAGAGCAUUUUUAUUCGCAUAUGGAGGAAUUCAAGCUGCGGUUGCCAUUCACAGGCAGCUUUUGAAAGUGAUAUUAAAGGCGAGAAGUACCUUCUUUGAUAUCCAUUCUCUUGGAAGAAUAUUGAAUAGAUUUUCAUCUGAUACUUACACAAUUGAUGAUUCGCUGCCGUUUAUCGCAAAUAUCUUACUUGCUCAAUUUUUCGGACUAAUGGGUUCGAUUAUCAUCACUAUCUAUGGUUUGCCAUGGAUAUUGUUAGUCUUGGCACCUCUUGUCCCUAUGUAUCACGGGCUACAAAAUCAUUACAGACUUACUUCUCGAGAAUUAAAGAGACUCUCAAGUGUUACUUUGUCUCCGAUGUACAGUCAUUUCGAUGAAACUCUUCAAGGCUUGACAAGUAUCAGGGCCUUCAGAGCAACGGCUCGUUUCAAAAGAGAAAAUGAACUAUUCAUAGAAGCCAACCAGAAAUCGCAAUUCGCGUCUAUGGCAGCAGCACAGUGGCUAGGAUUGAGAUUACAAUUCAUAGGUGUAGCCCUUCUGGGUGGAGUCGCUGUGAUAGCAGUUCUCCAACAUCAGUUUGAUAUUGCUGAUCCUGGACUGGUUGGUUUGGCGAUCGCCUAUGCUCUUUCCGUGACUGGCCUCUUGUCAGGUGUUAUUAACGCCUUCACCGAGACUGAAAGAGAAAUGAUUGCAGUCGAAAGGGUGAAACAAUAUUUGGAAAAUACUCCAACAGAACCCUCGGCUGGUGCUCACCCACCUUACGGCUGGCCUAGCCAAGGUGUCAUUGAAUUCAAAGAUGUCGUCCUAAAGUACAGGGACCAUCUAACACCUUCACUACUCAGAGUUUCUUUCUCGACAAGACCUGCGGAAAAGAUCGGAGUAGUUGGACGAACGGGAGCUGGAAAAAGCUCCAUUUUGGUUUCGUUAUUCAGGUUGCUCGAUAUUGAAUCAGGGGAAAUACUAAUUGACAAUGUGAAUACCAAACAACUUAGCUUGAAGGCGUUGCGGUCUCGUUUAUCAAUAAUUCCGCAGGAUCCAUUUUUGUUUUUGGGUACGAUUCGCGAAAAUAUCGAUCCAUGGAAUCAGUACCCUGAUGCUCAAGUUUACAAAGCAUUGGAAAAAUGCAAAGUCCACUCUUUGGUCUACCGCAUGGGUGGACUUGGUGCGCUGGUCGAUGAAGGUGGCAAGAAUCUAAGUGUUGGGCAAAAACAAUUGUUCUGCCUAGUCAGAGCUAUUUUACAUAAUGCAAAGAUUUUGUGCAUCGACGAAGCAACUGCUAAUGUCGAUCAAGAAACUGAUAAGUAUAUUCAAUCGACGAUAAAGUCUUCGUUUAGAAGCGCGACUGUAAUAACAAUUGCUCAUCGUAUACGGACAAUUAUGCACUGCGACAGGGUUUUAGUGAUGGGUGACGGUGAAGUUCUUGAAUUUGAUGAACCAGAUAUACUGAUUCAAGAUCAGACUUCGUAUUUUUAUCAGUUAGCUAGCCAAGAAUUUUCAGACCAAGAAUAAUGUAACAUGACCGAAGUUGAGUCAUUCGAUCAUCUUACAGAAUUCUAAUCUGCGAUAGUUCCUCUUUAUACAUUCAAGAAAAUUGUGUUUGUUUUUAUUAUGAUAUGUGAAACGGAAGACGGAUGAAAUGAGAUCAUAGAAAAAAAUUCAUUCAUUGAAUCGCAGUUCCCUCAUCAUCUCUUCAAAUACUCUGACUAAGUAUCUAGAGUAAUCUGAACUGAACGAGCUGUAAGAGCUCCUAAACGUUGUAUGAAUAGCCAUAUUAGUUUUAGUUCACGUUAUUCGUAAAAAAGAGAUUACAUACAUGCAUGUUUCAAAUAUAUAUAUUUAUACAUAUUUUUAAACGAAAGAUGAAUAAAAAAAAUAAAACGAAGAGAA